AUGGUCUCAGGACUCUAUGGGCACAGCCUCUCGAGAGUCAAGGAAUAUUGGAAGAUGACUGGUAACGGACAGUCAAGCUUUGCACGCAACCCCCGAGCGACGUCUUCAUGGAUCGAAUUCCUGUUAGAUAAUCCUGCGUUCGGAAGACUAGACCAGAUCGUCGACUUCCUGCCGGAACUACUGGUCACAAAGCGGCUUGAUCGACCGUCGGCUGGGACAGUUGUAAAUACAUUGAAAGGUCUGGGUCUACGUUUUCCAGACCCUCCACAUCUUUUCAACACCUGUUGCGGGCCACCGGUAGGGCGGAUAGAGAGUCGCCACCCAAAGUGGGUUGGAGGAAGUGGUUUGUUAGAAACACGGGACCCACAGUUCUGGUCGGACCUUCGCAGCUAUUUCGAUGCUGUUGCAGACCCCGACAUGACAUAUGUCGUACUUGACCAGCGUUUCAAACAAGUCGCUGCUAAGCAUGAUAAUUACUCCCAUCUAUUGGAUAUGCUCGGCGAUGUUCCCUCAGUUACGGCGGCUUGCGAAUCGCUCUUUCUCAAAUCCGACAAGACCAAGCCGCUAUCGUUCUACUCACACAGCCAAACUGUUGCAUCAACACAGCUACUGGACUUGGACCACGUGUUGCCGCAGGUACUUGAAACGUACACCUCCUGGAAGGUUAUAUUCACAGCGCUGAGUAUAAAUCUUCCUACUGUCAAAGCGCAAUGGGUACCGAAAGCUCCAGUGCCUUUCCAAGUUAACGGACUCUCAACCAUAUGGCGUGAGCGGACAGUACAAAUCUCCAUGGUUGGCCAUGAUCAUUGCCCAGCCGACAACCGCUGCUUCAGGUCCGUAUUCUACGUGUUGGCAUUUAAACUGGUCGAGAAAGGAUACGAGCCUUCAAAGCUGGGCGCACUCGUUAUUGACCUGAGUAUGACGACACCUCAUCAACUCGAGAUGAACGACAACUGGGGAGUCGGUUCCAUGACAACGUGA